UAUAAAGGGGUCUGUGAUGCACCCAUAGAAAUAGUGUUAAUGUUACCCCAGAGGAAUCCAGACGCUGGAGGUGGCUGAGGUGGCUAGAAGCUUGGAGAAGAGGUUCCAGGUGGGCUGCUGAAGAGUGCUUAGGUAAUGACCUUGGUGGAACUUUGAUUGGAUUUCUCCUGUGGGACCACAGCAACUGAUGCCCCUCACUUGGCACCCUCACUGGCUGUGGCACAAUGGACAACGGAAACGCCCAGAUGCACACGGAGGGAAGGAUCAAGGCUCCAGGAGCCCAGCCAAGUCCUGGCAUGAGCACCACCAGCAAGAGGCCUGGGGUUGAGCCUACCAUAUCAGAAAUCAGCCAGGUUGCGUUUCCAGAUGCUGCAGGGAUGGGCAGUGGGAAGCAGCCCUCAUCAGCCCCAGGGGGGCCAGAGAAGGGACCAGAACACAGCGCAGCCUCAGAGGAAGGGCCUCGGGAGCUCAGGACCCAGCAGCAGAGGCAGCCGCCAGAACCGGGGAAGAAGCAGUCAACCCUGGCACCCCAGCAAGGGCCCGGAUUGCGGCAAGGAGGCCGUGAUCAGGCCAAGCCAGGAAGUGAGCUGGGGGUGCUGCCUUCCAGGGUCCCCACGGCACAGGAAGGGCAGCAGCAACAG